AUGGGCCCCCCCUACCGGGAAUGCCACCCCAAAAAGCAGCACCACCCUUUCACAAUGCCCCCCCUACAGCAGGGACCACCCUACAGCAAUACCAAACCCCCAGCAAUGCCCCCCCUACAGCACACCACCCUACAGGGAGCACCACCCUACAGCAAACAACCCCCCUUUAAACAAUGGGGCCCCCCUAACCCGGGUCAAACCCCCCUUUCGCAGCCAACCCCCCCUACAGCAGCCCCCACCCCACGCAGACACCCCUACAAAAACACCACCCCCCCCAGCAAUUUCCACCCCACGCCCCCCACCCCUACAGCCAAAACCACCCCACCCCCCAGCAACCCCCUAAAGCAGCACCAACCCCCCAGCAAUAACCCCCCUACAGAACAAACACCAACCCAGGCGGGACCCAACCCCACAGGAAAACCCCCCCCCCCUACGCAGCACCACACCCCAAAGCAGCAACCCCCCCAACCCAACCCUUUCCACCCUACAAACAAACCACCCCCACAGCUAAGGGCCCCCCAAAAGCAGCACCACCCCACAGCAAAGGGGGCCCUUCAGCCACCCCCCUACAGCGCGCCACCCUACGCAGCACCACCCCAAGCGCACCACCCUAACAGCAGCACCACCCCACAGCAACACCACCCCACAGACACCACCCUACAGCAGGGACCACCAUACACCAAAAACCAAACCCUUCAGCCCGCACCACCCUACAGGGACACCAACCCCACAGCAGCGCCAACCCUACAGCAGCAAACCCCCCUACAGCAGCACCCACCCCACAGGAGCACCAACCCCACAGCAGCAAACCAAACCCCACGCAAACUCCACCCUACAGCAACACCCCCCUACGGGAGCCCCCCCCUACGCAGCACCACCCUUAAAAAGCAGCACCACCCUACAGCAAAACCACCCUACACAGCAAACCCCCCAACAGCAAAACACCCCUCAGCACACCACCCAAAAAGCAAAUACACCCUACACACACCCCCUAAAAGCAACAAACCCCCCUACAGGGGCACCCCCUACCGCAGCACCACCCUACAGCAAAUCCACCCUACAAAACAGGGCCCAACCCCUAAGGGAAUGCCCCCUACAGCAGCAACCCCCUACCCGCAAAACCACCCUAAAAAGCAAUACCACCCUUUCACAAUACCACCCUACAAAACAGCACCACCACAAGCAAAAACCACCCUACAGCCGCACCAAACCCCCCAGCAGCCCACCCCUUCGCAGCACCACCCUACGCCAAACCCCCCUACAGCAAACACCCCCCUAAAGCGCCCCCCUACAGCAAUGCCCCCCUACGCAGGCACCACCCCAACCCGCAGCGCCACCCUACAGCAGCAACCCCCCCCACCGCGCACCCCCUACAGCAGGGACCACCCUCAGCAACACCACCCUAAAACAGCACCAAACCCCACAAGGGAGCCCCCCCCCUACAGAAAAACCCAAACCCUACAGCCCGCACCCCCCUACAGCCCGCCCACCCUACAGCACGCCACCCUACGCAGCACCCCCCUACCCCCAGCACCACCCUACAGGACACCCCCCCUACAGCAGCACCACCCUACAGCAGCACCCCCCCUAAAAGCAACCUCCCCCCUACGCAGCCCCCACCCUACAGCAAUGCCACCCUAA